AUGUCCUCUUCGCGUUCGUGGUCGUCAUCAGAUGGCGACGACAACGACCACGCGGCCUCGUGGUGGAGCGAUGGCAGCGACGCGGCGAAUUCGGUGACAGACGAGGCGAACGCCAACGUUGCGACGCCUUGCCAUCGCAGCGAGGAGGACAGACCGGCGGUGGACGGCGUUGCCGACCGCGUGUGGGGCACCGGGCGACUGGAGCCGAGGGAGCGCAUUCAUCGGUACAUCGACCAAUGCAUUCCUCCAGCGCUCAUGUCCCAUCAGCGGUCCGCGGACGGGCCUCUGCUCGUCCAGCUGUGUGCGGAACUGGAGGCAUUCGGCACGCCAAAGGCGUGGGCGAAUCACGUGCCCGCUACGGUGUUUGACGAGUACGCGGCGACAGUCGAAGAGGACGCGAGGGGCAUCGAGGCAACUCACCCCGCCAGCGCCGCCCUGGAGCUGGGGCCGCGAGCUGACUUGUUCGAAGCGGCCUUGUACUCAUGCGAGGACGUGGCGUACCCCUCGCACCCGUCGUUGGCGGAGCUGCGCCGCGCUGCGGAGUGUGGCAGCGGCGCCACCGUCCCCUGGUCGACGCUGACGCGUCACUUGUCGUACCUGAGUGUGCGACUUCACGGGGUGCUAUCUGCGCCACACGGCUGCUGUGGCGCCUACGUGCUUCCGCUACGCCUUCAGGCGGCGGUGGUGCCGCUUCUCUACGCCUGGGCGACGCACUGGCCCCUUAUCGAGGCGGAUAUCGAGUGCUGGCGAGCGGUCGUGCGCUGCUUUUACGUGGCGUGCCGACCACCGAGCCCUGGUAAGGGGUCCUCCGGCGCGAAUGCGGCGGCAGCUUGCAGAUCAACCUUCACGCUGCCGUGGCAGCCGUUGGCGGCACUGUGCCUGAGCGCUCGAGACAAGCGGAACGCUGAGUUGCCCUCGUGGCGCUCCACACUCACCGCCAUCGUCACUUCGUUGCCGUCGCUGUGCCGUCGCGCGUCGCCUCACUUUAGCGCUGCCGCCGUGGACGGCCUCUGGGGCCUCGUGGCCGGCCAACUCGCGCCGACGGAGGACGGCGUUGCUGCGCUGUCCCUGUUUGUGCGACUCGUGCCGUACCGCCACCUCUGCCAGCUGCAAACGGAUGUGGUCGUAACGCAUGGCGCAAUCGAGAACGAGGUCACCACCUCGACAAGGGAGAACGACCGCGGGUCUCACAGACAGCAGGAGGGCGAGCUCGCAUCCACCACGGCGGCGGCCGCGCCGCCGCAGCUGACGGCACGCGCAAAGCAAAUCCUGCGCUUCUUGCUGGUGGAGACGGCAACGUGGCAACCGCCAGGUUGUCCCUCGCCUGCGGUGGCACCGAGCGGCGCCAGAGGGAAGAAGUCGAAAGCGUCGCCGCAGGACUUUUACCUCACAUGGGAGAAGGCCGUCAUGACCUUCGCCGGGUCGCUUGCACGCGCGCAUCCCGGAGUCGCUGGCAUGGACGCAUUUGCGGAGCCUCUCUUCACCGCGUGGCUGCAGGCGCUACAGCUGCCGGCAGGGAGCGGCGCCGGACUUCCAGGCGCUUCCGCGACAUCGGCGGCCGCCGUGUCGCAUCUCAUGCGUAAGGGAGGUCAUGAGGCCAACUCGCCAAGGGGCUCGAACACUGCGCGUGGUGGGACAGACGCGAGCUCGCGCGCAAGCAGCCGGACAGCGGCGCGGUACGUGCGCCUGCUGAACGGCUUCCCGGACACCGGCGACUCACCGCUUUGGCGCCAUUUGGAGCGGUGGCUCCACGCCACGAGCGUGCUGGUGCGUCCUGGCAUGCCGUGCACGAAAGGCAGUGCAGCUGAUCGCGUGUGCCACUGCUACAGCUCACUGGCGCGCGAGGCAGUUCGUCGCUGCGCUCUCAGUGAGAAGAGGGCAGCACCUAAGCUCCAGGCGUCACGCGGCGCGGCAGUCGUAGAGGGGCCUGACGCGCAAGCCAGCGCACCUCCCGACGAUGCUGCUGCUGAAUCGACGGCGGCGCAGGCAGCGCGCCGCUGGAGCCCUGCCACGGUGGAGCGGUUUGUCUCUCUGCUUCUUCCGCAUGCCGUGGCGGCGUUUCAGGCACGGGCGCGGCAGGCGCAGCCGCUGUUGUGGGCGCUGCUGCGGCUGUCGCCCGCCACGGUGCUGCCAGACUUUCUGAAUUGUGUGCGAACAGGCCUACGCAGCCCCACGGAGGUGGCGGCGCAGCGUGCUGUCUCAACCCGGCUUCUCACCGGCGCCGUGCCCACCAUCCUGGCAGAUGCAGAGGCCGCGUCGCCGCUGUCGUCCAACACGAGCAGCGCUACUCUGCUUGCUUUCCUGCGGGAGACGCUGCCGUCAAUGCUCGCGUUCGUGAAUCCGAGCGACGUGGUGAGUGCGCUGCCUGUCCUCUCGCUCGUGGCGGUCGCGACGAGCUACGCCGGAGCGGAGGAGGUGUUCGGCACCGUCGACGAGGUGGACGCCUUUGCGAAAGCCUACGUGGCGCGGGUGCUUCCGCUCUUCGCUGCCAACGCCGACGUGAGCGACGGCCACUUUCCAAACGCCGAGGUGAUGGUUCGUGCGUUCCUGCGGACUCUGCCGUCGACGGCUCUCUCGAUGGUGACGCGCGAGGUGUUGCGAGAGGCGCAAAGCCGUGAUCACGGUGCUCGCAUGGCCGAGCUGGUGCGCAUGGUUGCUGCCUGCGCGCCGGCUGAGGCAUGGGAUUGGGCACAGAAGCACUGGCUCCGAGUGCUGCUUGAUCCGUCUGCGCGAGAUGCCGAGGUGGAGUGGGCGGCACCGCUGCUAGCGGCCUGCGUCGCCGACCUGGGCGACCGCUCGCUCGCACGCGCGCACGCCGUAUCGAUCUGGCGCGGCGUGCAACUGCAGCUCCGCAUCCUGACUAGCAAGAAGCGUCGUACCGCUGGCGCCCAAGUCAUGGAUGCGCUCAUGACAUCGCUGAUGCGGCCGCGGGAAUGUGCCGAGACCCAUCUUCGCAUCUCAAGCGGCAAGCAGCUUCGACUGCAGCAGCUGCAGGCGGUGGCGGCGGCCCCGGGCUGUACUCGUGUACCGGGUGCUGCUACUGAACUGCCGUUGCCGAGGAUCGGCACGGCAACGGAGGCGCGGGUGUACGUAGAGUGGCCGGGUGCAGAGGAUGUGCAGGUGGCGGUGGAUCUCUUCAACGCGUCCCUCGAAGACUGCGUGCACUUGAUUGAGGAGGUGAGUAGUGGCGCCGUCCUCAAUACCGCCGCAGCAGGGGCGACAGUGGCUGUUUCAAGCGAUGGUGACAUUUCGCUUUACGCGCAGUUCUUCGCGGUUGCCUCCACCGCCACCGCAGCACCGAGCGGCGGCGCUGAUGCUGUCUUGUGCGAGAGUGCCGCCGCUGUGACGCGGUACAGCGUCCUGGAAGGGACGCUGCACUGGAUUCAGCGACUCCUCUGUGCAUGUGAGUGGGUGUUUAUUGAGCCGACGCCGACCGCGACGGCAGCGGACCCACAGCAGACGCGCGGCGUGCCGUGGUGGGACGUGAAUCCGCACGUGCCGUGGCGCCCCACCGGCGCCCCGUUGCUCCCAGCGUCGUGCAGGCCAGCGUACACGCGGGCGGAGGUUUUUGAAGUGCUUCGCAGGUGCGUGUGUCUUCCCAUGCUGCGUCAGCACGUCGUCGUCCCCUUGCGUCAGUGCGGCGUGGAGUUGAAGGAGUGGUUUGGCGCGUCUUCCGGCGAGGAGGCGUCCACGUCGGCUGACGACAGCCAAGCUGACGUGAUGGAGCUGCUGCGGCUGCUCCAGUGGCUGUCGUCUUCCAUUGUGCGGCUGCCGCAGCAGCGGUGGCGACCGGCCGCGUCGCUCUCGCACUACCUGCGCCGCAUCAUAGGGAGGCAGUGCCCAUGGGUGCGUCGACGUCUACCGCUGGGGUGCUGGGCCGACCGCUCGCUGCAGCUGCAGGUAGAGGCGGUGGCGCACGGGCAUCUACCAGUGACGCAGAAGACGUUCUCGGACGUUGUGUCCAUUGCGCAGAGCCUGUGUCUGUCGCCGCGGCGGUCCGUGUGGGGUGGUGCGAUGCGGCUGCUCGUGCACGUGCGCCUCUUCGGCGCCCUCGACAGCGCCUCGCUUGCGAUGUUCGAGGGCCGGGUGCGCGCCGUGGCGGCCGACAUCGUUUCCCAGUGGCGGGCAGGGGUGGCGUCUGCAGCGUCGGACGCCGCCGUGGCGAAGGCGGCACUGCGUCCACAGGAGCAGCUGCGGCUGCUACCUGCGACCACCACAGCAGCGGUCGAAAGCCCCGGUUACGGCAACGGUAGAGCUGGCCAGCCACUUGUCCUCAGCACUCCGGCGGUCAUCGGAGUCGCACCCUCCGCGACGCUGCGGCUGCACACGCUGCAGGGUGCAAUGGAAGGGGUGCAGACGCUCCUGAUGUCACUGGCCCUCAACCGCGAGUUCUUCGAGGCGCCAACCACGUGCAUGAAAUCGCUGCGCUUCCUGGUCCGCUUCCCGGAAGAGCUGCGCUCCGUCACCGCCGGGCUGCUGCUGCCUCAGUUCACGGAGCGCGUGCGCUCGGCCAAAACGCUUCUCAUCACCGGCGCUGCCCGCUCUCCCGCCUUCACGGAGGAGUUGGUGCAGCUUGCCUACGAGCUUGCUGCCACGUACCCCGCGCGCGCCGUGCUACUUGUGGCGUACGCCCAUCUCGUCUACUGGCCGUCUCCGUGUCGCUGGGUCUCUCUGCGCGCCGUACGUUACCUAGCGCGCCUGUCCCUAUCUUCUCACGUCGUCCUGCGGUGCGUGGCAGCUGACCUCUUACAGGCUGUGUCGGUGCCGGUCACCGUGCGUGAACCGACGUGGACGGUGUGUGCGGUUCCCGGUGCCCUUGCGGUGCCCGCGUCCUUCCUACUGCCACCAGACGCAGCGAAGGAGCUGCUGAGUGAGAUGGAGCAGCGAGCGCAUGAGGCUGCCGUGGCAGCGGUGCAGGACUGCGUGCAACGGCUGACGGAGGCAUGCCCGUUGAUGCCCUACUACGUUGGCACGAAGGGCCUCGUGCUUCCGCUGAGUUACCUCACGGUGCCCAGGUGCGCAGCGUCCGCGCUGGGCCUGCAUCCGGUGCAGCCAGGCGCCGAAGCGACGUCUAGUCACUGCACCGCGAUCACCGGCGCCGCCUUUGUGGACGCCAUCACGUACAUGCAGCCGUCCGGCGCUGCCGCGUACCGUCGCCAGUGGCUCGCGACGUUGCUGGGCGGCAUGAAUGGCGGUGGUGGCGGCGUCACGGUCGUGGAUGCGGAUGAGGAGGAGAGCUGCCGAGCAGCAGACGCAACCGCGCGACAGCUGAGUCCGCAUUCGUGGGUGCUGCGGCUGCUAGCACUGCCAGUCGAGUGUUCGCAAGUGCAUCAUGACCGCCAGGUCGCGUCUCCAACCACGGUCGUAAAGCUGCUCGCCUCGCUGUCGCAGGAGCCGGCGGUGAAUGAUGCAUCGUUGCCGUUCUCUUCUGCUGCCUCGCUGUUGCUCGAGUGGGGUGAUGAUGCACUGCGGGCGUGGCGACGCCGUCGUGGUAAAACCAACCAGCCCCGCGGCGGGGAAAAGCAACGCACAUGCGCUGCGGACAUAAACGAUUGUGACGGCCCUUCCGUGUCGCUCUCCGAGCGUGGUGUGGCAGAGACGCCGCCUACUCACCUCACCGGUGGCGAGGGAGACGCACAAGGGCAUGCUGGCGAGCAUGACGGUAAGGAGGGCACCAGAGAAGUGGAAGAGGAUGAGAUGUACCGCCUCUUCCGCUCUCUCGCGAUUGUGUCCUCGGCCGUGCUGCGACUGACUGCCCCACUGCGGCCGGCUGCAGCGCCGAGCUCGGCUCACAAGGGUCCCACAGAUGCGGAGCUGCGAACGCGGGCAGUGCACUUCUUCUCAGACGUUGUCGCGUGCGUCUGCAGCCAUGCGGCCGUGCCGCACCGCGUCGCGCAGCGGGUCAUGUUUGUGGCUUUCACGACGCUGGGAGAGUCGCUGGCGUCAGAGGAGUUGUGGAUGGUGGUCUAUGCCUUGGUAGGUCAACUGGGAAGUACGGCCCACGCGGAGACCGCGACCACCGCCGCUGAUGACGCCUGCAACGGCGGCAGUGAUACGUGGUCACAGCGACGGCAGCGCCUCUUGUCCUUCAUUGGUGCCCUCUUUUGCGGCGUGCCGCCAGCGGUCAUCGGUGCCAACCUCCCCAGGCUGGUCGCCCUCGUCGAAGCGCAAGCGCAGGUUUUCAGCUUCUCUUCGGCGGACCAGGUGCGGCAGAUGGCGGCGAUGGCUGUGGCGCAGCUGAUCGGUUUCACGGCUCUGCAGAGCAGCCUUCGAGUUGAGUUUAACGACUGUCGCACCGCCGCUGAUGCGCUGAUGGUCUCGCUCAUGCAGCGUGCCAACACCACCGUGUUCCAUGGACGGCUUCCGCUUGUGUGUCUCGGGGUCGAAAGCGAGGACAGCCUGUCGAAGGCCUUGCCAGCGACUCGCGUUGCCACCGCCAUCAGCAGCGGUGAGGCACCUGACUCUGUCGGUGCUGGAUCGCCGACUUCCCAAGACGCUGCGCUGCUUACCUUCACCGCUCUGUGCCUUCAACAAUCCCCGGCGGACAUGCUGGAGGCACACGCACGCGACAUGGUGCUGCUGCUCUGCUGCUGUCUUGACCUGUCCUUCACGGAGGUGCAGCGGCUGCACGAGGCGGUGGAGGCGGCUCUCGCCUCUCUGGUGGCUCUUCCGAUGUCCAAGGCUCGUGUCCAUGAGUUGAUCGAGCAGCUCUGCAGUGUCUGUACCGGCUCCGUCUCGUAUGGCACCUCACGACGGGCGAAGGUGGCGUGCACGCGUGCACUGCGUCGGCUCAUCUUUCCGAACCUGCACCGCAUCGGCAGGUUUGCCGUCAUGGAGCAGGUUGCUGCCGCGAGCCUUGCUGCAUUGGCACAUCGUGACGCCGGCAUCCGUUCCGAGGGUAGCCACCUGUUGGCCGUGCUUACCAAGGUUGCGGCCGAAGCGCAGACACGCGUGCUAGUGCAGCGGCUGAUUCAGGAGCUGCGUCAGCUGCCUCGUGAAACCGCCGCUGCCGCGUCUGCGGUGUCAGAGCACCAGCGGGAGGAUGGCCCCCCCCGCAGUGGUGCAGGCACAGUAUCUGUGGGCCGUCGCGUGGUCCUCGUGCAAGCGCUCGGCGCGGUGGUGCUGGCCGACCCAGGUGAACCGUCCUCUUACGUACCAAAGGUGAUGGUGCAGCUCGCGGGCUGCGCGCGGGAGGGCAACACCGAGUGCGGCCGUGUGGCGAAGCGCGUCUUCGAGGAAUGGUGGCAUGCGCACCGCGAGGGGUGGGAGCACGUGUACAAAUCGCGCUUUACUCCCGUGGAGGUGGAUGCGAUGUCCGACCUUCUCCUCGCACCACGGUACUACGCAUAG